AUGUUUAUCCGUCUUUUCUUACUGGUACUUCUCGACUGUUACCUUACGUUUGCAGGUGAAUUUUUUGGACCCUACAGCGAUUUAAUCCUAUUUUUACUAUUUAACAAGAAAAAUAAUUCCAUAAUGACAGGAUAUUGUGAGAAAUCUAGCGAUAAUUUAUGCAAAAAUGGCGGAACAUGUGUCAAUGUUGGCACGAAUGACUAUAAAUGUGUUUGCCUGAAUGGUUAUUACGGGAAGAACUGUUCAAUAAAUGAAGAUGACUGCAUUGAAAAUUCAUGCGCACCUGGAAGUACCUGUAUUGAUGGUAUAGCUAAAUAUACUUGCGCUUGUCCAUCUGGAAAAAUUGGUUUAUUUUGCCAUUUGGAUGACCCUUGUAUGCAGAAACCAUGCGGAAAUGGUUCCGAAUGCAUUGCGGACACUGCAAGCGGCGAAUUUUUAUGUAAUUGUAUGAAAGGUACCACAGGUCAAAAUUGCGCCACUGAUAUAAAUGAAUGUAUUGAGAGUGAUAAAUUAUGCUUCAAUGGCGGUAUAUGCGUGAACACAUUUGGCUCAUGGUAUUGUGAUUGUCCUGUAGGAUAUAAUGAUCCGUAUUGCAUGAUCCAUGAUAAUGAAUGUGAGCCAAAUCCAUGCCUUAACGGUGCAUCCUGCCUUGAUUAUGGCAAUCGUUAUGAAUGCAUCUGUCAAAAUGCUUUCUACGGUACAAAUUGUGAAAAGAUGUGUCCACCAGGUUUCGAAGGUCGUAUGUGCAAGCAGCAUCGUAUCUUCCUGGAUAAUAAUCAUCUAGAAGAGUUGUUUGAGAAGCAGAUUUGUUUGCUUCAUAAUUGCUCAUCAAAGACUGAUAACAAUGUGUGUGAUUCAGAAUGCAACUAUCCUGCAUGCCAAUAUGAUGGAUUUGAUUGUAGUGCACAUUUACAACCAUUUCGACAUUGUCCGCUUCCAGAUUUUUGCGGUCGAGUAUUUCACGAUAAUAAAUGUGAUUCGGUAUGUAAUCGUCCUGAAUGUCUCUUAGACGGAUUUGAUUGUAACGAGAAAAGAGAAAGAUGUUUGUUUGAAGAUUACUGUUCUGCUCGUUUUAAUGAUGACUACUGCGAUCAAGAAUGUUUUACCGAACAGUGUUAUUUUGAUGGCACUGAUUGUACGCAGGCAAUUACACAUAAGUUGGAAGGUAGUUUGAGUUUAAUAUUCCUUAUGAAGCCGGAUGAAUUCUCUAAGCAUGCACCUGUUCUGCAGUUCGUCUUGAGCCAAGGCAUGCAGGCCAGAGUUACUAUUGCUGUUGACAAUCAAAAUCAUAAACGACUUUAUUCAUGGGAGGCAGAGGCAAAAAAACUGAAUGGUACGAAAGUAUACUUUAAUGUUGAAACACCACGGUGUCAAAAGAAAGCUAACUGUCAACAUCAUAUCACUGAUAUAGAACAAGCUGCUGAUUUCAUAGGUGCAAUGAGUUCAAAUCAGUUGCUGUGGCAUGUCGGUGCACGAUUACACGCUGUUGAAGUCGAACCUUCAACCAAAACUACAAAGUGGAAGAAAUGGAUAGUUUAUGCACUCUCGGGUUUUGUAUUGCAAAUAUUUGUGAUUGCCAUCUUAUUUACGCUUCAUAAGAAUCUCAAACGUCGAAAUAUUGCGAGACAACUACAAAAGAAGGUCCACGUAGCCGGAACAUGGUUUCCACCUACUCUUGACAAUUAUUUUCCGCUGAAGUUGCUUAAAGAUGAUUGUAAAAGUAAUGGAAAUGUGCAAAGCAAUGGUAUGAUAAGUGAAAAAAUUAACGAAGAUAAAGAAAGGAAUUAUUUUACCGAAAUUUACGUGAUUCCUAAUCCUAAAGAUGAAAAAGUAUGCGAGAGAAAAUGGACUAUACUUCAUGAUCAGGCAAUGGAUUCUUUUCCAAUCAAAACACCGAUCGAUAAGUCACUUGUUAAUUUGAAAAAUAAUGAUGGAAAGACUGCACUUAUGCUAACAGCGCUAAAUCAAGAGAAAAAUGAGGAAGCAAGCUGUACAGAUGUGGAAAAUCUGUUCUUAGUUGGAGCUCUUAUCGAUGCUGAAGAUGAUUGCGGUGAGACGGCUUUAAUUAUGGCCAUAAAAGCAGGACGUGCAGAAGUAGUGAAAUGUUUCCUACGAUUUGGUGCCGAUAUUACAAUAUCAGAUAUUCAUAAUCGUACAACGCUACAUCACGCUGCCUCAAUAAAUGCCGCUGAUAUUGUUCGCAUUCUUCUUGAAAUCGAAGAGAUAGAGAUAGAUGCAAUCGAUGAUACAGAUUGUAGUCCACUGAUGACUGUAGCUAAGCUUGGUUAUCGAGAUCCUGAAGCAAUAGCUCUACUGAUCGAUGCGGGAGCUGAUAUCAAUUGUACUGGUAAUCAUGUCAAUGGUGACACAUAUAAAGGCAGAACAGCGCUACAUUAUGCUAUUAUGCAAAGUAACCAAGAGUUGGCAAGAUAUUUGGUAGAACGAGGCGCUAAUCUCAAUAUUCAGGAUCAUAUGGGACAAACACCGCUAUUUUUGGCUGCUUCUCAAGGUCAUGUUGAAAUGGUUCACAUGUUAGUAACCGCUGGUGCUCGACGAUCCAUUCCUGAUAAUAUGGAUCAAACACCAGAAGAUAUUGCUAAUCACAAGGAAUACAAAGAAGUGAUCCAAUAUUUCAUAAAUCUUCGAAUGCAAAAUGGUUCUAUGACAAAUGGGAAUGGAAGAUUGAAAAAGAAAAAUGUAAAGAAACCGCGAAUUGUCGAAGUGUCACCCACUCCAUUGGAAAUGAUAUUGAAUUGCGGUACUACAGCUGCAAUGACACCCGAAAGUUCAAAUUCAUCGAAUUCAUCCACUUUGUUUGAUCGUUCUAAAGAAUGCUACAAUCUGAAUUCACAUCUUCCGUACGAAACUACCACCCAAUUGUUUAAUUCACCAAAUACAAUUCCGCAACAACACUUCACGCAGGUACCUUAUCCUUCCGUGGAUUAUAUGGCUGUUCAAAGCUACAAUAUGCAAAAUGACUGCGUAAUGAAUAAUGAAAUUAGCCCUGUAACUUCCAAGCCUUUUCUAGGAUUCGAAUAUUAUGUAUAA